GCAUAUCAUCAAAAAGUGGUGCGGCAGACACCAAGAAGGACAGUCGCAGAUCAAGUCUUCACAGUGUCAAGCUAGAGAAUUCUGAAAAACCCAAAUCUUCAGCUGAUCAGUUCAGUAAAUCAGGUGAAGGUCUGAAGAAAGUCACCCAAGCCUCAGUCUAUCAGACCAAGAAAGCAUCCACAUCUGCUUCUAAAGUCACCAGGAAUGUUACAUCUAGCAACAUCCACUCCACCAGGAGCUCCAGCAAGAGUAUCACCAGGAAGGAUUUUGAACAGCUGGAGUUACUCUGUGAGGCAAAAGCCGAAGAGGUUGUUCAGCUGAAGCUGCAGCUGGAGACCACAAUCCAAGCUUUCGAUGCCAUGGCCAUCCUGGCUAAUUACUGCAGUAAUGAGCUGAAUGCCUUUGAGUGCCCCACUCUUUCCCAGAAACUAGAAUAUGUGCAGAGACAGUUGGAGGAUUAUGCUGAGCAGAUAGCUGAACUGAACUCCCAGAAAGCAACACUGGGCAAAGACUUAGACCUGAUGAUGCAGGAGAAAGAGGAGGCAACACAGCAAACAAAGGCAGCAGAGGAGAGUGUCCAGAAGGAAAGGGAAGAUCAUGAGAAGCUGACACACGAUUUGAGUGAUACACACAUGACAGUGCUGAGCUCACAAAGAGAUGAACUGACUGCCAAACAUGAAGAGACUGUGAACAAAUUGACCCAUUUCUACGAGACACAGUUCGAGAUGCAGAGGCAAGCUCAUGACAGGCAGAUUUCAGAUAUAAUGAACGAGUGCAAGCUAGAGAUCAACAGCUUAAAGAUUGCCAAUUUGGAGGAGAUUCAGGAGCUGAGGAACAAACAUGAUGACCAGAUGGAAGAGCUUCAUAAGCAGCACAGAUGCAAGAUGGAGGAAAUGAGUCUUCGGUUUGAGGCUAUAAAAUUCUCACUUUCGGAAAAAGUUGACUAUCUGCGCAAAGAAUGUGAUGAUUUAGCCAUCAGAGCUCGGAACAGUGAAGAAGCCUUACAAAGAGAUUCUGAUUUUAAAGUUAAGAUUGCUCUAGCUCCCUAUCUUAAUCUCCCAAGGGAGAUAGAAAGUUUGAAGUCAAUCCAGGGGAUGCGACUCGAGGAGAUCCAGAAACUGCGCACUAAAAUUAUGGACUUGGAGAAGCAGCUUGAAGAGGUUCCCAUAUCUAGAGAAAAGAUAAUCUCCCUUCAGCAGAAAAUUGAAAAUUUGGAGGCCAUCAUUAACAUUAAAACAGAACAUGAAAAGCAACUUCAUCAAAGAUGCCAGGUGCUGAUGCGUAAAUAUGACCGUGAAUCUAGAGCCAACAAACGCAUUUCUAUGGACUUUGAACAAAUUAUGUGGCGGAUGUCCCAAAGUGCUGAUUUUGAAUCUUGUGAUGAUAGUCUUGCAAAACAACAGUUUAGUCAGUCUUAUCAUAGUGGAGAUGUGGUACCAGACUCCUUGCAUCAUUCAGCAUCUCCAAGUCGAGAUGCUGUUCAUCGUGUGAGAAGACAGACCAGUAGGAGCAUCAGUGAUGGCGACCCAAAGCUGAGGUCUAAGUCAGCCAGCUCUGUUUCAGGAAAAAGUGACAGCUCUUAUGACCACACAUCAACUGCAGAUCCUCAUUUGAAGCUUCAAACACACAGCAACAAAAGUCAGGUUUCUGGAAGCGAUCAACUGAACAGAAUGUGCCAGUCUGCAGGUCCUGAAAUCAUGUUUGAACUUCUUUCUGACCAUUCCUGUCCACAGACACAAUUAGACGAAUAUGAAGAACAAAUAGUAACUGAACCUCCGGUAACAUUAGUUUCCUACAUGAGUAGUUCAUAUGCCAGGUCUUUAUCUGGAGUGACUGAUUCAGGUGUGUAUGACAGUUUAACAAGGUCUGAUGUUUUCAACAGCUCAACAGCUAGUACUGAUUUAGAACUGGGAAUGUCAGUAAACUUGUCAAUGACAUGUGACUCGACAGCUGAGGACAACCAUGAAUCAGGCCCAGAAGCUGGAAAUUACAAUCUGGCAUAA